AUGGUUUCUGCCUUUUCAAUUGGUUAAGCAAAAAGAUCUGAUCCAUCCAUUAAAACAUUAGCACCUGGUCCCAAUGCUUAUUUACCAAAAUUACUUCCUAAGUAAUAAGCCCCAUAGUGGACGUAUAUGAAUAUUUAAAUAUAUAGGAUUGGUGGAGCAGCACAAAGAAUAGGAAGAUCAACUUCUUAUGGACCAGGACCAGGCCAAUACCAAUAUUAAUAAAAAGUCAUAGAAGGACCUAAAUAUUCAAUACUUGGCAAACAUUAAACAAAAUAAAUUUCUCUUUCUCCAGGGCCUGGAAAUUACAAUGAUGAAAGUUUUUGCUCCAUCUAUAGAAAACCACCUAUGUAUACACUUGGAAUAAAGCAUUAUACAUCUGCAAAAGAGCUUUUGCCAGGCCCUGGAUAAUAUGAUCUCAAUAGUUCAUAUGUGUCUAAUAACUCUAUUAAAUUUCCGACUUAACCUAGACUAACAUCUUUAGAAGGAGGAAUGUCUCCUGGACCUGGAUGUAUAAUAAUUAUUAAUUUAGAAUACAACAUCGAUAAGGCAGUAAAGUUGGCUAUGGAGAAAACUUAACCUUCUUGGGUAAUUGGAACAUCCUAAAGAUAACAAGAAUUAAAGAAAUCUCAAAUAACUCCAGGUCCAGGAGCUUAUUAAUUGGGUGUUUUGUUAAAUCUUAAAAAGAAUUUCACUUUCAAAUAAAAAUUGUAAUUGAAAGAUCCAAACGUAUCCGCUCCAGGACCUGGUGCGUAUGAUUCAGAUUUUUCUAUUUUAAAAUCUCAUUUUCCUACUUAUAAGAUUGGAACUGAAUAAAGAAGUACUAAGAAUUUACUUGAUAAAUUUUUGCCUGGACCUGGUUAAUAUUUUAGAGAGUAUACCUUUUUCUUAUCAACAGGAGAAUAGAUAGUUUGAGUUCUUUACAAAAAUCAGCUCCAUCAUUUA